CUUCAAACUCACACACCGGAUUCAUCUACGCUUGGAUUACACAUUAAAAGACAAACAUGAAGAAGAGUUGCAUUUCUCAGUUUUUGAUGCUCUGUUUAUAUCUUGCUUUACACCCCUCCAUUCAAACAGACACCAGUUCCUUCCUUAUGUACAAUGAGGACCACAACAAAUGUGUGAAUGUGGUUAGUGCUAAUGAGGUGCAGACGGCUCCAUGCGACGUCUCUUCUGUAGCUCAGCAUUUCCGAUGGGUUUCCACUUCAAGUAUUAUCAGCAUCUCUCUGAAACUCUGCUUGGGUGCCCAGAACAUCAAAGACUGGGUGAAGAUUCUCCUGCUGCCCUGCAAAGAACAAAGUCCCCUACAGACCUGGGAAUGUAAAAACGAGACGCUGUUUGGCUUAAAGGGACAGCCGCUGCAUCUAAACUAUGGCAAUCGAAACGAGAAAAAUAUGAUGUUGUAUAAGGGAUCUGGUUCCUGGAGCCGCUGGCAGAUUUACGGGACCAAAGAAGAUCUGUGCUCUCGCGGAUAUCAAGAGAUAUAUACUAUAGGUGGUAAUUCAUUUGGGAAACCAUGCCACUUUCCUUUUAAAUUUGAGGAAAAGUGGUAUGCCGAGUGCAUCGUGGAGGGCCGAUCAGAUGGCCAACUGUGGUGUGCUACAGAAACAGACUACAGCACAGAUAAGAAGUGGGGCUUCUGUCCAACUAAAUCCAGCUCAGGUUGGGACAGCGAUCCAAUAACCGGUGUGUUGUAUCAGAGGAACACACAGUCAGUGCUCACCUGGCAUCAGGCUCGAAUCAGCUGCCAGCAGCAGGAUGCGGAUCUUCUCAGCAUAGCAGAAGUGCAUGAGCAGACUUAUAUAUCAGGCUUGACAAAUAUCUUGGGCACGUCAUUAUGGACUGGACUCAACAGUCUUGAUUUUGAGAGUGGCUGGCAGUGGAGUAAUGGAAACCCAUUCAGAUAUCUCAACUGGGCUCCUGGUCACCCCUCACUGGAGCCGGGCCUGAACUGUGCAGCGUUAAACGCUGGUAAAGCGUCUAAGUGGGAGAGUAUGGCAUGUAGUAAGAAACUUGGCUACAUCUGUCGCAAGGGUAAUUCUACAGAUGUAACUCCUCCAGCAGGUAAGGAUCAGCCGAGCUUCUGUCCAGCGGCGUGGGUUCCAUACGCGGGCCACUGUUAUUAUCUGCAGCGCACUAAGAAGAUGUGGAGCGCUGCGUUAGUGGCCUGUCAUAAAGAAGGAGGAGAUCUGGUCAGCAUACACAACAUAGAGGAGCACAGCUUCAUCAUAUCACAGAGCGGAUACUUGCCCACCGAUGAACUCUGGAUAGGCCUGAAUGAUCAGAAGAUUCAGAACCUGUUUGAGUGGACAGACCGAUCACAUGUCACCUUCACUAAGUGGCUAGUUGGGGAACCAUCGCACGCCACAAACCGCAUGGAAGACUGCGUUCUCAUCAAAGGAAAGGAGGGAAAGUGGGCAGAUUACACAUGUGAGUCGGAGCUUGGCUACAUCUGUAAGAAGAAAGCGUCCAGCAGACCUGAGGGUGCUCCGGAGGUGAUCAGUCCUGGAUGCCAAGCUGGUUGGAUUAGGUAUGGCUCAUGCUGUUAUAAUAUUGCCAUGGAAAGCAAGACAUUUAAUGAGGCCAAACAAAUAUGUCAGCAGACUGGAGCUAACCUGGUUAACGUUGCCAACAGGUAUGAGAAUGCUUUUCUCAUUAGCCUUGUUGGUCUCCGGCCUGAGAAAUACUUCUGGAUUGGUUUGUCAAACACUGAACGAGCUGACCGCUUUCAGUGGAGCAACGGCGAUAAAGUCAAAUUCACACACUUUAAUGUCGGGUUGCCAGAUAAGCACCAGGGUUGUGUUGCCAUGUUAACAGGGAUGUCAGCUGGAUUAUGGGAUGUACUGGCCUGUAAAAGUAACCAGAAGUACAUCUGCAAAAAAAUGGCUGCAGGUGUUACAACCACCCGAGAGCCACCGACGACUCAACCGCUCAGCUGCCCAGUUGGAUGGAUUAAAAAAGAUCCACACAAUUGCAUUCAGAUAUACCAGAAGCAAAAGGACAAGAAAAAGACUUGGUCUGAAGCUCGUAAUUUUUGCCAAGUCAUUGGUGGCGACUUAGUGAGCUUUCACUCUCAAGAAGAAAUCGAAACUAUACCGUAUAUGAGUGGGGACACAGCGUGGAUAGGCUUCACUUCCCUGGACAGUAAUUCUGGAUUUGUUUGGUCUGAUGAAACCCCUUCUGAUUUUGAUAACUGGUCUUUCGGGGAACCGAACAACCACAACGAUCAGGAGCACUGUGGCGAAACCGGCUUUUAUUACGGCCGCAAGUGGAACGACAGGGAUUGUGAAUCCUAUAAUGACUGGAUCUGCCAGAUAUCAAUAGGCACAACUCCAAAAUCCACACCGCCUACUUUAACUGAGGUGGAAUAUAACAAGACUGCUGAUGGCUGGAUCCUGUUCAAUAAUAGUCAGUACUUCGUUAAUAACGACCUCUUGCCGAUGGAAGAAGCUCGCGCGUUCUGCAAGAAGAGCAAUGCCGAUCUUGUCGUCAUUACUAGCCAAACCGAGAGGAAGUUUGUAUGGAAGCAGAUUUCUAGAGGAUCAGAAAAUCAGUACUUCAUUGGCAUGACUGUGGGGUUGGACAAAUCAUUUUUUUGGGUGGAUGGUUCACCGGUCGUAUACACUUCAUGGGAUCAAAAUGAACCAAAUUUCGCCAACAAUGAUGAGAACUGUGUGUCUAUUUACAAGAAUAUGGGAUUCUGGAAUGAUAUCAACUGUGGUGUGCCUUUACCCUCGAUCUGUAAAAGAAGUUCUGACGUAGUCAAUGCCACCAUGAUCCCCUCCACUGCGUCACCAGGAGGUUGUGCGCCUGAUUGGACAAGAUUCAAUGGCAGAUGCUACAUUUUUAUUGACAAAAAGAUGACCUGGCAUGAUGCCCGGGACCACUGCAAAUCACACGGAGGAAACAUGGUGUCCAUUCUGAGUCAUGGAGAGCAAGCAUUUCUCACUACUGCAAUGCUUCGAUCAUCGGAUGAUGUGUGGAUUGGUUUUAAUGAUGUAAACUGGGAGAUGCGUUUCUUGUGGACUGAUGGUAGAGGUGUCAGCUUCACGAACUGGGCCAAAGGUCAGCCUGUAUCAAUGCCAGAUCAUUCCUCCAGGGCAUUUGGCUACUUUGACACAGAGUCAGAUAUUUGGGACCCUAUGUUGGGACGUGACCAUUUCAUAUUACCAGUAGAACAGUAUGACUGUGUCGUUAUGGUGAGAAGCCCUAACAAGAUGACGGGUUUGUGGAAAGUUGAGAACUGUGGAGAUCAGAAAGGAUUCAUCUGCAAGAGGAAAACAGAUGCUCAGCUCCCUAGUCUGGUGACUACUGCAAUGCCUCAAAAGUUCUUCUCUAUGGGCAACGAUUCAUACAAGGUGCAGAUGGAGAAAAUGAGCUGGGAUGAAGCCAGGAGACAGUGUAAAGCAGAUGAUGCUGAUCUAUCUAGUGUGCUGGACUCCAUCAGUCAGGCGUACACCGUCCUCAGAGUCAGCAAACUCAAAGAACCGCUGUGGAUUGGACUCAACAGCAACCUGACAGGUGGGCAGUACCGCUGGGUGGAUAACUGGCUUCUGAGCUACAGUAAAUGGGCGACAGGAGAGCCCAAAAACAAUUUAGCUUGUGUGUAUAUUGACACAGACGGUGACUGGAAAACCACAACAUGCAGCAGCAUGUAUUUUUCCCUCUGCAAACGCUCCUCAGAUAUUGCCCCCACAGACCCCCCUCAGCUGCCCGGGAACUGCCCUGAGUCAAAGAAACGUAAAACAUGGAUCCCUUUCAGAGGACACUGUUAUGCCUUCAUGAACUCCAUGUCAGACAGCUGGGCUCAUGCAACAGUGGAAUGCAUGAGGAUGGGUGCAUCAUUAGUGAGUAUAGAAGACCCAAUAGAGUCUCAGUUUAUCCAUCAGAAUGUGGAGAUCCUGCAGGAUGGAAGCAAAUCAUUCUGGAUCGGCAUGUACCGCAGUCAUAUGGGUGAUUGGAUGUGGAUCGACAAUAUGGUGGUAGAUUACACAAACUGGAAAAGGCGGAUGCCGAGUGACUACGGCGACUGUGUGGAGGUCCAGUCCAACACUGGGAUGUGGAGUACUGUCAGCUGCAAAGGUUACAGGCCUUAUAUAUGCAAAACUGCGAAAGUUAUACCACCGACAGAGAAAUCAUCAAUUCCACUGCCUGUGGUGAAGGAAGCGCCUCACGGCUCCGCUGGCAUCAUUGCUGGAGUGAUUUUGGUCGUAAUUGCUGUGGUGGGACUCUCCGUAUUUCUGUUCUAUAAGAGAAUCCCUAGGCCUUUCGUUGGAGAGCGUGCGUUUGACAACAGACUCUAUAUCAACUCUGAUCUGACACGCUCUCCAACCACUGUUGAUACAAAGGGACUCGUGGCCAACAUUGAACACAAUGAGCACGCCUAACACAUGAAUCAUGUCAAUUGCACAAGAUAUUUUGAAUUGAUAUAGGAGGAGAAUAUCAUGCAUCUGGAAUUACUAGAUGUGUUACCGCAUGUUCUCAUAAAUAUAUUUCAUAUAUCCAGGUAUAUAAUUUAAUGAAUCCAUGUAUAUGACUCCACUUUUUGUAUAAAGAGAUAAAUCAGACAAUGUAUACAACAAUUGAGUUUUACACUGUCUCUAUGUGGUCUUUGUGGCUGAAGAUGUGUUUGUAGUUGGGAUAAUAUCAUGUCACUAGUGAGUUGAUUAGUUGAUCUCUGUCAGUGUUUGGCACUUUUCUUGGCAUUCUUAAGUUGCUUUAAACUAUUCUUUUGAAUUUAUGCAGCAUGAUGUUGCGCAACAUCAAACAGGAUAUUAUACCACAGUAGUAAGUGAAUUAAACACUUUCUCCCCAAAAGAGUGAGGUGUGAAUGUUUGAGACAUUAAGUGGGUACUAAUAUACAUUUCUUGCCUGAACACCCUCUCGGACUGCCCCCUUCACCCUGUACCCAAAAACCCACAUUGCUAUAGUGAGACUGAUAUCACUAUGGCAACUAGCAACCUAUUAGGAUCGAAGCUGCGAUCUGUAAUCCAUUGAUGCACAAGCGUAAUUCCUCAUAAGAGGGUUUGAUCUGGAAUUCCCUCUUUACUCUCUGCUGUGUCUUUCAUUCUGUAACAUCCUGAUAUUUCAACUGAAAAAAAACAAUUCAUGGUUCAUCUGUGAUUGAAGGUAAGACUGUCUGGUUUGUGGAGAAAUCUGUUAAGAAAGUCUUGAGCAGGGGCGUAGCAGUCAUUUUAAAAGUGGGGGGAACACAGCGGUCAGUAGGUGGCUCGCAGACCCAACACUUACAGUGCAGUAUAUAUUGAUAUAUACUUAUAAGUGUGAUAUAAGUAUAAUAAUAUAUAUGUAUUAUUUACUUUUAAUAUUUGUUGUAUUUUAAAGAUUCAAGUAUUGCAAAUUAGGUGUAUUAGGGCAUGUUGUGGAGCACUUGCUUCUGUUUCACACAUGACAAUAAAAGACUGAA